UGUGUUGAGAUGUGUUUGUGAGUGUGCGUGUGUAUGUGCGUGUGGGGGGGUGGGGUGAGGGAGGGUGAGGGAGGGCUGAGCUGAGCACCGACCCCGCCCCCUCGGCUGCGCACGCGUGGUGCAGACCCUUAGCUGUCAGAGGAGCCCACAGGCUGUCGUGGGGCAAAGAGCCGGGGCGUCGGGUGGGCAGCGCCCGGGAUCCAGCGGACCGGCACCCCGAGGGCAGCGGCAGUUGCUGGGAGUGGAGUUUGGGAAGGGUUGGGGUUCGAGACAGCCAGCCGGGGCCGGCCGGACUGGCGGACAGGCAGACAGGAUGGGGAACCGGGAGAUGGAGGAGCUGAUCCCUCUGGUGAACCGGCUGCAGGACGCCUUCUCAGCGCUGGGGCAGAGCUGCCUGCUGGAGCUGCCGCAGAUCGCCGUGGUGGGCGGCCAGAGCGCGGGCAAGAGCUCGGUGCUCGAGAACUUCGUGGGCAGGGAUUUUCUUCCUCGAGGGUCAGGCAUCGUAACAAGACGACCCCUUGUUCUACAGCUUGUCACUUCGAAAGCAGAAUAUGCUGAAUUCUUACACUGCAAAGGAAGGAAGUUUACAGAUUUUGAUGAAGUUUGUCAAGAGAUUGAAGCAGAAACUGAUCGAGUGACAGGAAUGAAUAAAGGCAUUUCAUCUAUACCGAUUAAUUUACGAGUCUAUUCUCCACAUGUGUUAAAUCUAACCCUUAUUGACCUGCCUGGAAUCACUAAAGUGCCAGUAGGGGAUCAGCCUCAAGAUAUUGAAUAUCAGAUCAGAGAAAUGAUUAUGCAGUUUAUCACCCGAGAAAACUGUCUGAUUUUGGCUGUUACACCUGCAAACACAGAUCUUGCCAACUCGGAUGCCCUGAAAUUAGCUAAAGAAGUUGACCCUCAAGGUCUGAGAACUAUUGGAGUCAUCACCAAACUAGAUCUUAUGGAUGAAGGAACUGAUGCAAGGGAUGUUCUAGAGAACAAAUUGCUUCCUCUUCGAAGGGGUUAUGUUGGUGUGGUAAAUAGAAGCCAAAAAGACAUCGAUGGAAAGAAGGACAUUAAGGCAGCUCUCUUGGCAGAAAGAAAAUUUUUUCUUUCCCACCCAGGCUAUAGACACAUUGCUGAUCGAAUGGGAACCCCACAUCUUCAGAAAGUCCUUAAUCAGCAACUUACUAACCACAUUCGAGACACACUGCCAAACUUCAGGAGCAAACUCCAAGGACAGUUACUCUCCAUAGAACAUGAAGUAGAAGCCUACAAAAACUUCAAGCCAGAAGAUCCCACAAGAAAGACCAAAGCUUUGCUACAGAUGGUUCAGCAGUUUUCAGUGGAUUUUGAGAAGAGAAUUGAAGGAUCAGGAGAUCAAGUAGAUACACUAGAGCUCUCAGGUGGUGCGAAAAUAAACCGAAUUUUCCAUGAACGAUUUCCUUUUGAGAUUGUAAAGAUGGAAUUCAAUGAGAAAGAACUGAGAAGAGAAAUAAGUUAUGCAAUCAAAAAUAUUCAUGGUAUUCGGACGGGAUUAUUUACUCCAGAUAUGGCAUUUGAAGCAAUAGUUAAAAAACAAAUUGUAAAGCUAAAAGGACCUUCCCUGAAGAGUGUAGACCUGGUGAUGCAAGAGUUAAUCAAUACUGUAAAGAAGUGCACUAAAAAGCUUGCAAACUUCCCAAGACUUUGUGAAGAAACAGAAAGGAUUGUUGCAAACCACAUUCGUGAAAGAGAAGGAAAGACAAAGGAUCAGGUAUUGUUGCUGAUUGACAUUCAGGUAUCCUAUAUUAACACCAACCAUGAAGACUUCAUUGGCUUUGCAAAUGCCCAGCAAAGAAGCAGUCAGGUUCACAAGAAGAGUGCAGUUGGAAAUCAGGGAACCAAUCUUCCGCCUUCAAGGCAAAUUGUGAUUCGGAAGGGAUGGCUAACGAUCAACAACAUUGGCAUCAUGAAAGGAGGGUCCAAGGAAUAUUGGUUUGUCCUCACUGCAGAAAGCCUAUCCUGGUAUAAAGAUGAUGAGGAAAAAGAAAAGAAAUACAUGCUUCCCUUGGACAACCUGAAAGUUCGAGAUGUGGAAAAGAGCUUUAUGUCUAGCAAGCAUAUCUUUGCACUUUUUAACACAGAACAAAGGAAUGUAUACAAGGACUAUCGCUUUCUUGAGUUGGCAUGUGACUCCCAAGAAGAUGUAGAUAGCUGGAAAGCAUCUCUGCUUCGAGCUGGUGUAUAUCCUGACAAAUCUUUAGCUGACAAUGAUGAGAGUGGUCAAGCAGAAAACUUUUCCAUGGACCCACAAUUAGAGAGACAAGUGGAGACUAUUCGCAACCUCGUAGACUCCUAUAUGUCUAUAAUCAACAAGUGUAUCCGAGACCUGAUUCCCAAAACAAUAAUGCACCUUAUGAUCAACAAUGUCAAAGACUUCAUCAAUUCAGAGCUCCUAGCACAGUUAUAUUCCUCAGAGGACCAAAACACUUUGAUGGAAGAGUCUGCUGAGCAGGCUCAGCGCCGCGACGAGAUGCUUCGAAUGUACCAAGCCCUUAAGGAAGCCCUGGUAAUUAUUGGUGACAUCAAUACGUCCACUGUGUCUACUCCAGCACCGCCUCCAGUAGAUGACUCCUGGCUGCAGCAUUCUUCUCGUAGAUCCCCCCCUCCAAGCCCUACAAACCAAAGGAGACCAACAUUAAAUGCUCCUCCAACCAGACCCACAUCAGGCCGAGGACCAGCUCCAGCAAUUCCAUCCCCUGGCCCCCAGUCUGGGGCUCCACCAGUACCAUUCCGUCCAGGACCUUUACCUCCUUUCCCUAGUAAUAGUGAUGCAUUUGGAGCACCUCCACAAGUUCCAUCACGACCAACACGGGCUCCUCCCAGUGUCCCAAGCCGGAGACCACCUCCUUCACCAACUCGUCCCACUAUAAUCCGUCCAUUAGAAUCCUCCCUUUUAGACUAAGUGAAGUUUCUGGCAUGGCAACUAAUUGCUAAUGAAUUAUACAAAAACAACUAAUGAUAAUCAUUGCAAUAAAUCAUGAGUAGUCGCAUGUGUGGACAUCUGUAGGCAAGUAACCAGUUUUACUAAUAUACUUAUCCCUCAUUCUACAUUGCCGGUGGCAUUUCCAAUCUUUGGGGAAGGUCCAUAAUGCUUCAACCCAUGAAAAGGCUGGCCUUAUCGAAUCUUUACAUGGGCCAUGGGCCAAGGCAGGCUUCCUACACAGGAAACGAGAAUUUCGAGAACAUAUACUUUACCUGCAUAUGAAUGAACUUGGCCUUUCCAAAUUUAAGAACUUGCUUUAACGAUGUUUUCCAUUAAAUAGCAUUCCUGUGUAAUAAGGAAUAGUAACAUUAUGCAACGUAUAACUUCUUUCCAUAAAUUCUAAUUAGGGUGAGAGGAAUUCUGUUGUCUGUUAUUAAAGCUGCUGCCUGCUCCAUAAUUACGUGCUCAGAUUCCCUUACCCUCCCCUUCCUUUCACAGUCCUGCUGGGAAGUGGUUUUGUUAUGAUUUCUUAGGAGUCAAAGCUUUCAAAAUUUAUAAGGUGCUUUGCAUAGUAUAAAGACCUUUUCCUUUUACUGACUUGUUUUGCUUCAUGUACAACUGUGAAUGGAAGCUCGUUCUUCAUUAAUCAGUCAGUGAACAAAGCAGCAUCCUUUCAGAAUUUGAAAGUGAGGCAAACACCACAUCGGUCAGAGUCUAAGAAAUAGUCUUUCUUCUUUGGCAUUCACUUUAGAGUAUAUAACUGUGAUGGCUGCCAUGGUCUGGUGUAAGGCAGGACAGGAGACUCCUACAAAUGAGUCAGUCUCUGAGAUCAAGUCCCUUUGCCACUAUGUAGUGAGUGGGCUAACCAACCACACACUUUGAAGAAAUCUUGUGACUUGAAUUCAUUCACACCGAUUCCGUUUAUUAUUAUGUUUUGGUAUGGGCAAAAGUCCCAUGCUAAUUUGUAAUUCCCUUACUGAAGAGUGUUAUUUUCUGCUCUCCCCGCCCUGGAAUGUUAUUUUGUUAUUGUUGUUUAUCCAAAUGAUUCUUAACAAAGCUGAGAUUUUAUUAAGGGUCACCACUAAUUAAAGGGUGAGCCUGUCAACCUAGGAAACUAACUUUUAAAGUCACCUCGCUCCCAGAUCCAAAUUAGGCUCCCUCAGCACCCUGAGAUUUCAGCAGAAAGGAUCAGGACAUUCAGACAUAACAUAAAAUAGUCUUUGAAAAUUAGGGCCUAAAAAUCACCCUUUUUCUAAGGUGAAAUUUAGAAGGGGAGUUGAGCCAGUCAGUUACUAGCUCAGUGCUCAGCACUGAAUUUUGUGCUAUUGAGGACUCUAUGAAUGGUAUGAAGGAAACUUCCACAAGCUAAUAUGAAUUUUAUGAGCUAGCUAUUCCCGGACAGCAGACCAAAUAUUCAUAAAUAGUUGUGUCACAUGAUACUAUUUCAUAUUGUGCAUAAGUAAAUCAGAUUCUGUCAACUGAAAAGCUUUACUUCAAAAGCAGUGUGCAUGAUUUGUAUGUUAGCUUAAUUUUAAUUUCCUGAAGUUUGGAAUCAAGGCAGACACCUAUAGGGUAUGAGGUAACACAAAAUUAAUCAAUGCAUAAUUAUUUCAAAAAGAAGAUUUGCCAAAUUCAGUAGAUAAAUAAGAUGUUUAUCUUAUUAAAUUUUAUAAAUGCUCAAAUGAUAAUUUAGAUAUUAAAACACCAUAGGUGGAAACCAGCAAAUGAAGUCGCCUUUGGUAAGAAAGACAUGUCAUCUUUUAAAGUUUCAAAAUAUUUAGGUUUGAUUUAUAGGUCGAGGUAGGAACAACCACACUCCUUAGCUAUAUUAAUUCUCUCAUUUCUUAUGUUUUCUCACUGUUAAAAAAAAAAAGUCUCCCUUUGCAAAUGGAGCAGAUGUUUAGGGUCCAUGUUUUCUCUUUAAAAGUAUGUCAUAAGUAAGUGGAAAAUAUUAAAUAACUUGUCAGAGUUAGGAGAUACAAUAAGCCCUUUUCAUAUGAAUCUCCAUUUUAGGAUUCCCUUUAGUCCUUCACUUUCAUUAUCUUAAAGAGGCCAAUAGACAACCAGCUAUCCAAUACUCUUCCCACUUCAGGGGUUUGGCUUUCUGAAAAAUGUGGUUUUACAUUUUGCUGUAUUUUAAAAAAUUUUUCCCUUCAAGUUAAAGGAAAAUAUUGUGGAUAACCACUGGUGCAUUUAAAAAUUGUCUCAAACCAUGUCAAAGAAAAUUGCCUAUUUUUUCAAGUUUCUUUCCACUGAUCUUAUGCAGUCAUAAACAAUACAUUUGUCAUAUUUGGCUUUCACUCCCAGAUUAUAUCCCUGCAGUUAAACCCCUGGCUAUGACUGUCCCCCUUUUGGAGGUACUGUUUUUGUGUUUUUCCCCACUUCUAAGAUGUUUCUCAUAGAAGCUAGUCACCCUGAGGACUUAGACAGUUAUGUGUGCUGUAUGAAUUAUUUUUUAGCAUUGUUCCUAUUUCCCAAAGAGCUCAUGUUUAGCAAAAGGGAGAAGCUAAUGUAAGUGAAAUCUGAACUUGUGAAGAAUUUUUACUUGGGGCACACCCUACACAUAUGGCCUUAAGAAAGGUAUAUACCUGAAUGCCUAUGUUCCUAGUAUUUGCCAUGCUGGCUCUACCCUCCUAUGGAACUUCCUUUUAAACUAGCUGCUCAAGACUUUGUCAUUCCUGCAAGCAUAGCUCUAUCAUUUCUGGCACUGGAGAGCAAAUACUGAAGGCCUACAGGUAGACAUGAUGGCUAGAGGUAGUUUUAUUUCCACAAAUGAGAAAAAUAGUGUAUGCAUAUGGACGUGUUUCAACAACAGCCAGGCCGAUGUAGACAGAUUGUUGAAACAGAAUCCAUUUUCAAUAGGUAUUUUUCAUUUCCAAAAACCACUCACCAAAACUUAACUCCUAGAUAUUGCUUUGAGCCAUGCUUCAUUAUCUAGACAGGCAGCAGGAUCUGCUUAUUAGUCAAUUUCUUGUUUGUUGGGAUGGAAACUAAGUCUAACCCUAAAUCUUAUAAUGAAACAAUUUCCUGAGCUAUUAAAGUAUAAUAAGCAUUCUAAACUUAAAUAAAAUAGUCAAGUAGAUUUAAUUUUAUUAGCCUUCUUUGUAGUCUGUAGCCAUAACUCUCAAAAUAUGAAAAGGGACCUAAUACCAGUAUGUUAUAAAUGUCAGUGUUUGAUGUGUGAAAAUCCAUUUUCUAUGCAUGUGUCACUCUGUAUACAGUAAAUGCUGAAACAUGUUUAUGUAAGUACAUGUGUUUUGUGGAAGUUCAUAAAGCAUUUGCUAAAACAUGUCAAGCAUGGAUAUGAUUUAUAGAUUAUAGUGUACAUAUAUGUGUGUAUUUGUAUACAUGUAUGUACGUAUAUAUCUCUAUGUCCAGUAUGAGUGUUCACAAACAUAUUGCAAAAAAAAAAAAGCUGUGUUAAUGUAAAAUAUAUCAAUGAAGCAUCUAUGGAAAUAUAUGGCAAUUAUCUAAUAUCUGUCUCUCAACAAAAUAUAUAAAUCUUUAUCCAAAUUGUAUUUAUUUGAGAAGAGACACACAAACUCUGAGAAUUAAUGUGGCAUUCUGUGCCCAAAUAAAAGUUAGCGUAAUUCUCAUGGACAUCUAAUUUAGAUUCAGAGUUGUGCUGACCAAGGAGAGACAUCCUUUAUUCAAACAGAUGGCCAUGAUGCCCAAGGUCUGGAAAUUCACAGUUUAAGGUCCCUGAUCAGGAAUCCAGGUUGCUCUCUGGGUCACUGAAAUCGAUCCUAAAGAGAGAAAUUGAUGUACAUGGUUGUUUUCUCUCUGACAUAUGUUUCCAAGAAUAAAAUGGGGAGAGGAGACAACAUAAAGAAAAUUGUGGCUUUUCAUAAUAAAUCUGGUAAAAACCUAAAGGAAAAAAAAAUCCUUUUCUAAUCUAUCAUUCACACCAUCAUUACAUUUGGCACUAGGUGUAAUUGUUAGAAAAUCAUUGAAGAAUUUCCUCCAGGUUGUGCAAAGUGUCCAGACAUUAGAUUUUCAAAUUCUGGAACCCGUUGGAGGAAAAUAAUUUGAAAUUCUCCCCUGAGAUUAGAGCAGGGGAGACACAUACCUGCUAUGAAUAGAGCUUCAAAUGUGUAUGAUCCUGAAUGGUCUUAAGGGAAAGGAUCACUAACUCAGCAGGUCAACCAACCAUAUAGUCAGUGUCUGGCCUUUGACCCCUUUCCAAAUAAGCCUGUCUUGUCAUAUGUUUCUGCUGAAUCAAUUUUGUCACCCCGGCUGGUUGAUUUGUUAUAAAGUAUGUGGUGCUCUAUAUGCAAACCUUUAAUGCUAUUUUAGUGUAUAUGUGGCAUUGUGUAAUUAUAUAUUUGUAUAUAUGUAAGUGUGUAUGUAUGCUUGUCAGAGAGAGAGAGAGAGAGAGACAGAAAAAGAGAGAGAGACAGAAAAAGAGAGAGACAGAGAGAGAGACAGAGAGAGAGAGACAGAGAGAGACAGAGAGAGAGAGAGACAGAGAGAGAGAGAGACAGAAAAAGAGAGAGAGAGACAGAAAAAGAGAGAGAGACAGAGAGACAGAGAGAGAGACAGAGAGAGAGUCAGAGAGAGACAGAGAGACAGAGAGAGAGAGAGAGAGAGACAGAGAGAGAGAGACAGAGAGAGAGAGAGAGAGAGAAAGAGAGAGAGAGAGAGAGAGAGAGAGAGAGAGAGAGAGAGAGAGGGAGGGAGACAGAAAGGGAGGGAGAGAGGGAGUAGGAAAGGAGGGAGGGAGAGGAAGAGAGAAGGAGAGAAGGAGAGAAGGAAAGAGAGAGUGAGAAUGAGAGACAGAGAGAGAGGCAGGGAGAGAGACAGACAGACAGACAGACAGACAGACAGACAGACAGAGAGACAGAGACAGAGAGAGAGAGAGAGAGCAGUGAGAGAUUCUUGUUUGUCUUAUGACCUGUUCAUACUGGUGUACUGGUGAGACUUCUCACCUCUCUGGUCUGGUGUUUUGCAUAAGGCUCAACUGUUUGAUUAUGAUUGUUAUUGUUAUUAUUAUUAUUAUUAUUAUUAUUGAUUUGUUGUUUUGAAACUUUAGCCUAGGAAUGCUUACAUCUUGCUCUCUAUGUAACGUAAUAGAACAGUCUCUCGUCAUACAUGAACAUUACUCUGCCUGUCUUCCCUCUUGCUUUGUCUGCAGGCGAUCUGAUAAGAAUGACUCCUCCCAGGAAAGGGUGCCACUGUUACUUGACUUUUGACUUACUCAGUGCUACCAGCCUGUGUUUUAUCUGUGUUGUCUGUGUUUCUUCUCUCUCUCCUUUUCAGAACCAUCCAAACAUUUUUUUAUAAAGAACAGUGUUCAGAUAUUAGCAAAAUUCGGUUCUCUCUGUUGAUUCUCUCAUUAUUCAUCUGAGCCAGAAUAGGUCCCACUGACCUGCCGGGACUGUCGGUGAUUUCCUAGUGUGGAGACCCGGCCCUGGGAAUGGACGGGUUAUUUGCAGCAAGUUCCUAAAGCCUGUUGUGUCAUUCUUGAAGGUCAUAUGCACCUGUUGUGAAAAUUGUGAAGUUGUAUUUCUGAACCUAAAAUAAAUUACAACAUUUGAAGGAC